AUGAGUUUUGUUGAAAGAUAUUUACCGUCCACUGGCCCAAGACUUAUCUUAGCUGCGUCUGUUCCAGUGGCAUUAUCGUCAGGAACAUUGUUUGUUUAUUCUGUGUAUGGAACGCAGCUAGCAGAUCAAUGUGGUUUAGAUUCGUCGCUGGCAGCAAACUUGAAUAUAAGUGCCACUGUGGGCACCUCAAUAGGCGGCUUACUCGGAGGUUAUAUCACAGAUUUGCUUGGAACACAAAUCCCAGUUUUUUGUUCUUUAGUGUUCAUUUCUUUCGGCUACAAGUGGCUCCACAGCCUUUAUAAUCAAGGAGACAAUGCACAGUCAUGGCAGUUGAUUGCUGCAAUGUUUUUCAUUGGCCUUGGUAGCACGUCGAGCUACUUCGCUUCGCUCAAAGCGGUCACCGUGAGCUUUCCGAAGUAUAAAGCCACAGCGCAAAGUAUCACCAUCGCCAGCUUUGCCAUUUCCAGCCUUCUAUAUUCUUUGGUUUAUACCAAGGUAUUCCAUGGCGAUGUUAGUCGCUUUUUAUUUUUUCUUGCAGCCUCUUCAACGGUGAUGCAACUUAUAGGUGUGAUAUACAUCCGCAUUGCUGGUCAUAAAAAUCUGGUUCCAAACCAAGAUUUUUUCGAGGAGGGCCAGCAGCUUUUAGAAGAGUCCGAGUCAGACUCUGCUUUAGAUGUUCCUGACGAAAACAAACACCAAGUUGGAUCACUUAAGCAUUUGAACUUGAGAAGCUCUAUCAUUCACCCGAUUUUCUUGGUCCACUUCUUUUUGAUGGCAAUUUUGCAAGGCUUAGGACAAAUGUACAUUUACUCCGUUGGAUUUAUUGUGAAAGCAAUUUAUUACGGGUUUUUGCAUUCAUCUUCAAACUCCAAUAAUGUUCCUUCUUUGCAUUCUUUGCAAGCACUUCAUGUGUCUCUCAUUGCCAUAUUUUCUUUUCUCGGCCGUCUCACUUCAGGACCGUUGUCAGAUAAUAUGGUUCAUCGAUUCAAAUGCCAGAGACACUGGGUCACCGUAUUGGGGGUGCUUAUCAUGCUUUUAGGUCAUUUUCUUCUCUCAUUUCCAAUCGACACAUGGAGCAGCAAUCUCACGCAUGUCAAUGUAUGUCUCUCUUUGAUAUCGUGCAUUAUCGGCUUUGCUUACGGCUUAUGUUUCACAACGUUCCCAGGUAUCAUGGCUGAUUUGUUUUCGAUGAAGAACUACUCACUCAUCUGGGGAAUUGUGUAUUCAAGUACAGUUCCUGGGUUGACUGUCUUCACGAAGAUUUUUGGUUAUAUCUACGAUCAUAACAGUGUUCUCGUGGGGGAUGACUAUGUUUGUGACAAGGGCUCAUUUUGCUAUCUUGCAACUUUUGAGUUGACAUCGUGCUUGACGGUUAUUGUCUUGGUGGUGCUUUUGGUGUAUAUUUAUUUGAGACGUUCAUAG